AUGACUGGAUCAAAUGAUGAAAAUGUCCGUUUGAUAAUACGGUGUGCGCUGCAAUCAUUCGAUGAUUUACCUAUAAGUUGUCUUUCGUCAUGGACCGUUCUUCAGCUCAAAGAAAAACUUGCCAUUGAUUGUCCUUCGAAACCGGAGGUUAAAAAACAACGCCUAAUCUAUGCUGGACAUUGUUUACAUGACGAUCACACUCUUAAGUCAGUAUUUGAACUUCGACCAAUCGAUGAUGGAAAUGUUCACGUGAUACAUCUUGUUUGUCCUCCCAAAGACUUUAAUACUCAUGUGGAUGCAUCAGUGCUCAGAAGGCGUACCAUUAAUCAUACACAAGCAAACCCAACUUCUUUGGGAACUGCAACACAAGCACAAAAUCAUAAUGUCAAUGGUAUCUUCCCACUUUACACAUAUCCUUUAUGGACUAGCAGUGUUGCUCAAGGAAGCUUUGCUACACCACAAUCAAUGCUUGUUUCCUCAAGUGCUCAAUUUCAAAGCGCAUAUCAAGCAUAUAUGAUUUCAUACAAUAAUUAUAUGUAUCAGAUGAUGUCUGCAUUAGAAAACAGUUCCAAUGGUAUUCAGUUUCCAUCUCAGCCUUUGUUGAACAGUCAACAGACAGUGCUACAGCCACCACAGCAAGCCAAUCAACCACAAGCGGCUUUUGCUGCUGGACCAAAUUUGGCUGCAGCUCCUGCUGCGGGUGGUAUAGUUCAAGAAGCAGUUGCUGGUGAUGUAGAUGGUCAGCAGCGAGACUUUCUGGAUGUUAUUUACAAGGCGAUCCGGAUGUGCUUUCUGAUAAUGUUGGUUUAUGUGUAUUCAUCUGCGGAACGAUUUUUUGGUGUAUUGAUAUUUAUCUUGCUGGUUUGGUUCAUACAGGCAAGACGUGAUCGAAAUAAUCGUGAAAGAGCGGAUAGAGAACUUGCUGCAGCCGUUGAUAAUGUUCGCCAGCCACAACAGGCCGAUGUGAACCAAGAAGGUCAUGGUGCACAAGAAAACACAAACGAAACAGUGACAGCAAGAAUUGAUGAGGAGGAACCACGAGAACCCACUGCAUGGGUCGUUUUCUGGAGCACUUGCUAUACGUUUAUCACAUCCUUCUUCUCAUCACUUAUUCCAGACAAUCCACUACCUGUUAAUAUUAAUUAG